AUGGAAAAUAAAGUCAAGCCUCAGCCUCGUGUUUCUACCGCAAAUCUGAGUGUUGGCCUGCCAUCUGGAACUUACAGUGCCGCCGGCGGGACGCCCAGCUGGAGAAGUGGUCCGAGUCCAUCACCCACCCCUCCUGUAGCAGGCAUGACGCCUACCACUCCCUUACCUCCUCCCACCAAUGCUGCUCCUCGAGCUCUUACCGAACGGGAGAGUCAGCUGGUCAAACAUCUUAGUCGCCUUCAAUUCUUCUUAGCCACGGCACCAACAAGAUGGAUGGGAGGCGAUGACAGUUCGGUGAAAGCUACUUCACCUUUUCAUUCCGGAUCACUUGCCUCUCCACACCCCAACCUGAACAGGUUCUUACUACCAAAUGGCGAACAUGUAGCUUGUGUCUUCUGGAAUGGCCUCUACCACAUCACGGGUACCGAUAUAGUACGAGCUCUGGUUUUUCGUUUUGAGGCUUUUUCGAGGCCUGUAAGGAAUAUGAAGAAAUUCGAGGAGGGUGUGUUCUCAGAUCUUCGAAAUCUCAAACCUGGGACAGAUGCAUGCUUGGAAGAACCAAAAUCUCCCUUUUUAGACUUGUUGUUUCGAAAUGGCUGUAUACGUACGCAGAAGAAACAAAAGGUGUUCUAUUGGUUUUCCGUUCCACACGAUCGUUUAUUCCUGGACGCAUUAGAGAGAGAUCUAAAAAGAGAGAAGAUGGGCAUGGAGCCGACGACGGUGGUCGUUGGUGAACCAGCGAGGAGCUUCCGUUACGAUCCUAAGCGUAGCUUGUUUGAACAAUUUGCAGGCAAACAGCCUGGACUUGAAGAAUCUAUCAACCCGAACUCUCGUAUCAUCGAUCCAGCAUCCACAGCCACUACAGCCGCUUCCCAAGAACAUGUGCUUGAAGAAUCAGCUUUCAUGGAGGACACGGAACAUUCAUCUCCUAAUACCUCUGUCAACAACACCGCCAAAGAAAGUCAAAACGCGCCGUCGUCUAUAGAGAUGAAUCAUGUACAUUCCGAUCGACUUACUUCUGGUCACGACAAAGACCUGCUUGAGAGUCAGUCCAACGCGAAUACAGUUCUAUUCUCUCGCUCUUUGCUCAAAGGGAGUCCCGCAUACAAGCAGGGCCGAAGAAAAUCGUCUCGAGAGAAAAAGCAUCGACAACAACGAGCUGGCACUAUCACCACCAACUAUGACACCGGAGACGAUGACAGUGGAUCGGACAGUGAUCGAUUACAUAGAUCUGAAUAUUCCUUUCCAUCUGGCGAUGAAGGUCCCGUGUCGACUUCCAAUUAUAUACAACCACCUAUAUACCCUGAUAUUCGAGGUUCACCUGUAAAUUUCAAUAACGCUAACCCAGCUCACUCUGGACAACUGAGACCUGGACCGGCAAAUGGGAGCUUGUUACCUCUUUCGAAUACCAUUCCACCUUCGCGACCUCACCCAGGCUCAUGGUCCUCAAGUUUCCUGCAAGUCGCCCCAACUGAUCGACCGGCACCGAGUUCUUCAUAUACAACUUUCCCUUCGACUGGUCAUUCGGCCCAUCAUCCUCUCGGCCCCGCCGCCCCAGCAUCUAUCUCUGCGACUGGUGUACCAUCAAAAGGAUUCAGCUGUCCUCUCCUCUCUUGCGGGCGACUGUUCAAACGACUUGAACACCUCAAGCGGCAUGUUCGAACUCACACUCAAGAGAGACCAUAUGAAUGCACCCGAUGUGCAAAGAGAUUCAGUCGGAGCGACAAUCUCACACAGCACAUCAAAACCCACGAGAAAGCGGAUCGGGGAGAAAGAAUGAAGACAGAAGCCUCUGAAAGUACGGAGGAUGAUAUAGCAAUCCUUUUGGAGGCGGAGGUGGAUGCGAUGGCUGCUAGAGAGAGUAGAGGUUAUUCCACAUCGACGAAUCCUUCGACCAUCAAUGCAGAUCAUAUAUACAGCUUAGCUUACGGAGAGAAUCCCACGGCUCUGCAAGGUCAUUUCAGCCCAGCUCGACUCCCUAUGUUACCACCGUCAUUGUCUGGUACUGAAGAAUUUGGAGGUAAUACUAUUGUCAAUAUGCAUGCUGGUCGUACUCCGUCCGUUCGACCAGAUUGGUCAUUGGGAAACCCAGUCCCACCCAUGUUCAGCAAUGUCGCCGAUAAUCCGCUCUAUAAUAAACGACACCGCUCCAUGACACCCAACCUACCUCCAUCAGGCCGAACAUCCUUAACAGAACAGCAACACGUCUCUCUUCAGCCAUCUUCGUCAUAUCUUGGUGCUUCGCGAUACCAUCCCUACGCUUCUUCCACUGUGAAUCCUGGACCUCAUCCUUACAUUCGCGCCGCUUCCCUCGAUCCGUCCGCUUUCUUGAGUCGAACACCAGGACAUGACGGCUAUACCACGAAUCAUACCAGUCAAGAUCCGCUCAACAACACUUCGAAGGAAUCUCAUCCCUUUGCCUCGUUCGCAACAACGGGGGAUGUCACCAAUUCCAAUACUCCCUCUUAUAGCUUGGGUGACAUGAUCUCGGGUGCAGAUGAAGUGCUUCCAACGAUUACGACUCGUUUUCAGGGUGGGCAAUCAGAUGAUCAAUCAAAAGACAAGGAGCAGAACGAAUGGACAGAACUUUGA